AUGGACGAGUACAUAAAAGAAGCCAUCAAUAAAUCAAUUAAAAAAUUAGAUAUAAACGAAUUGCAACAAAAUAAAAUAGACGCAAAAAGUAGUAAUUUUGUAAAGAAUCUAUUUAAGUUGGUGAAAAAUGUACUGGAAAAUAAUAGCGUUAUUAUAACGGUUGUUGGAGGAAAUGCUAUGGAAAUUAAAGAAUUUAUUGGUUUUCUUUCAAGCGAAGAAAGAGAAAUUUUCACAUCCAUAUAUGAAAAAGAUAAAGAGAAUUACUCUAGGAGCGAUGAAGAGAAUGAAUACAAUGCAAUUAAGCUACUGAUUGAUUACUUUAUAUGCAAGUGGAAUAAAAAAGUAGAAAAUCUUAAAUUCAUGUAUUUGGUUUCUAACUUUCUUCCAUAUCUCGUCGAAAAGUCCUAUAAGAUUCAGAUGGACGAACUUAUCCCGAAGCUCGACUACGUUGAGGUUCCAGAAGUUGAAUUUAAAUCUCGUAAAUUUUCUCUAGCUAAUUCAACUCAUAAACUCUCUUCAACUAUUUUAACUCUUAAUAAAUUUUCAUCAACUCGGAAAAACCUUUGGGGCUAUGAAUUUCCUACCCUCAAUUGCAAACAUUCCAUUUUUGACAGAUUUGAAAAGGAACCCCAACACUAUGCCAUAAUGUGUUAUGUACCGCUAAUUGGGUUAUGUACCUAUCCUGAACGUCUUAAUAGUUUCAUCAAAUCUGAUGACGGUAAAAAUUUAGCUAUAAAUCUUGACAAAUUACUCCAAAUUGUCUGGUUAGCAUCUUUAAGUAGUAACUAUGAUUAUUCAGAACCAUGGGACAAAAAUAAUUUUGUAAGACUUUGUAUAUUUAUUUUCUCAAUAUUUACAACAAUCAUAGUUGUGAAUCUUUUAAUCGCAUUCGUAAAUGAUAUAUACACGCAAACAUCCGAAAAUUCUGAUAUUGUAUUGAAUUUUGUACGAGCACGACAAAUUGCAUUCGUUGAACUCGUAUUUAUGUUGCCAUCAGAACGCAAUAACGAGAAUUAUUUUCCUCCGACCAUUAUUUAUGAAGCAAAUGCUGAUGAAGCUGAAAAACAUAAUCGAAAACCGAAAAUUCCUGAUAAAUAA